UGCUGUCGUGACUAUAAAUUUCUAAACUACAGCGAAGAGGUUUACUGUUGUACCUAAUACAUAAGUAAAAUAGCAAAAUAUGCAUGUCUGUUAGGAUCAUAUCGUACAGCACAUAAAAGUAGUUAUCGGAACUAACCGAUAUGUCAGAGGUAUAACAUCGUUUCGUUAAGCCGCGCACAAUUGGCGCGAGCAGAACUGCGCAUGCGCAGCAGUGAGUGAGUUAGUAAGUGAGUGAGUGAAAUAGAGGAAAGACAAAAGCUGAUGCAAUGACGAUGUACUUGCCUCGCAUGAAACGACGUGUUAGUCUAUUAGUGCAAAGCUUGUGUCGCGUACUUUCAAUCCACAGUUUUGAUAUGGCUACGAGUGUGGCAAUACACCUGCUGACUGCUUGGGGAUUUAGCGAGGAAGUAAUAGGACAUUUUAUAGCUCAAGAAAUAGAAGUCGAUCAAUUUAAAUAUUUAACAGAAGAAGAUCUUAAAACUUUAAUACCGAAUAUUGGACCCCGACGAAAAUUUCAAAACAAUGUAAAAGAACAUUUAAAUGAGAUUGCACAACAAUCCAUAGAAAAUGUUGAUCCAAAUAAUCAACAGCCACAAGCCACACAAGAUUUGGAUUAUACAAACAUAUCAAUAAAAAGGCAAAAAAGAGAUAUAAAGCAUGAUGAAGACAACGAGUUAAAUAAAAGCAAUAAUAUAAGCAAUAUUACGGAAAACAUCUUUCCGACUUCAUUAUCUGCAUCUUCUACAUCUGCAAGUACAGGAUAUGAUGUUAUAUUCUUAAAAAGUAAUGCCACAUCUGCAACAGAAAUAAAGCAAUAUGCAGCUACUGAUAAUAAAUAUAAUCUGAAAUCUAUAUUGAAAAAAUCUGAGGACGGUCAGUUGCUACUAAGUUUAUAUAAAAAUGAAGGAAGAUUGAAUAAUGAUCAACGAAAUAAAUUGGCGAAAAUAAUAGUUAGUAAUGAGCUGUCGCCUAAUAUAAGCAACAUAAUACGCAGCGAAAGGGCAUCUUUUCUGAGUGAUCAUGUGGUAUAAUUAUUUCCUACUGAAGAUAAGAGUGUUUGGUAUAUUAAGAAUAAGAAAGGCGAAUCACAAGGUAGAGGAAAAAUUCUGACAAAAUACUAUUGUACACGACGAAAACUUAUUAAAGCUGGUUUGU